AUGGGCAUCAUUAAGCAAUCGCUCUGGUUUUUAUUCCUGAUUUGUAUUAAUGAUUGUUAUACUUCAGCUUCUCAAACAUUUGAAGAUCAGCUUGAUAUAGAAAUACCUCAUUUUCAUAAUACAGCUCCUGCUCUUUGGGAUGAAAAGGCCCUUCAGAGAGUAUAUUUUCCGCCUCACAAAUCAAAAAAUUCUAGUACCAAGCCUGAGAAUAAUUAUAUCCAGCCAGAAUCACUUGAUCAUCAUACUAGAGAGGAAUGCUACCAGCUUGACUAUCCUGAAGAAACUGGACAAGAUCUUCUUGAAACCCUUACCAAUGAAAACCAGAACAUAAUUGUUACUGUGUGGUAUGAGAACUAUCAAGGCUCUUGGGCCCAAAAUAUGAUUAACCAAAAUGUGCAAGGGAGUCUUUGGAGAUGUCUCUGAGAGAAUCAUCCUAAUAUUAUUUACACGGAGGCAGAUCUCUCUCAUUAUAACAUAAAUGCUUAUACAUAUCAAGACCUUGCUACACAACUGGAGAUAAAUAUUGAAGACCUCUUCAAUGGUCCUUCCAUUGUAGUCAUGAACGAUCAGUCUGGCACACAGUUCAGAACUGAGAAGGAGCCUGAUAAACUUGUAAAAAACGUAGAAGAAUACAUCAGAACUUUUGAAAAAGAUCUGUAUGGGGUUGAAAACCCAAAAUGAGACUUUCAAAACCAAAUUUUAGCAGAAAACCAUUACGAGUACUACCUCCCAAACACAGAACUCGACAUGUACCUCCCCAGCCACAACGAAGUCCAAACAGAAGCUCAAAUCUCCAAACAUAUAGACACAAGAACCUCCCCCCGCCUCUCUGAGCCUGAAAAAUCAUUCACUUAG